GGGGCGUUAAAGAAAAGUAAACAGGAGAAACACCCCGAGCGGGAGCAUGGGAAGCGUGCCUUGGACGGCUCCUCCUCCUCCCCUUGAGUUGCCUGUGGUGCCUGACUGUAGCGUGGAGGAGCCGCCGCCAGCGACCCAUAUGGCCCAGCCCGAGGGCUGGUUGGGCAACUCGGCAGCUGCCCGGGGAUGAGUCAGAGCAGGCUGGAGUCGGCCUGAGAAGGCAGGCAGGGCGCAGGCUGGCCAUGCAGCGGCGUGGGCUCGAGCCCUCAGGCACUUUCUUCGCGCCAAGGAGGAGGCAGCAGCCGCGCCGCGCCGCGUUCUCCUCCUGCACGUCCCCGCCGCCGCCUGCCUUGUUCGCGGCGCUCCUCGACAGUCGCUUGGCGCCAGCAGCAGAAGCUCCUCCAUGGAGCCCAGAGGCGCCCACGACGGCGGCAGCCCGGAGCUGGGCCGGGGCAAGCGGCUGAGCGUCGGAGAGCUGCGCUCGCUUUUCGAGGCUCGCUGCGCGGCGGCCAGCAGGCAGCUGCCGGAACCGGCCAAGAAGAACUGCCGACCCCGCAAUGGAGUCCUGCAGCCGGUUAUCCCCCAGCUGACGGUCACUGCCGAGGAAGACGGCGAGGAGGCGCAGCGCAGCCCCGCCAGGCUCCCCCACACGGAGCCGGACGGCGCCUGGCUGACAACGGACAGCAGCUCGCUGCACCUGCUGCAGUCUUCGCGACGCCUCUCCACGUCUUCGCUCUCCUCCACCGGUUCGUCGUCCCUCUUCGAGGACUCCGAGGAUGAUCUGCUGAGCGACACGGAAGGCAGGAGCCAGGGCAUCGUCCACCUGGAACACGGCGAGGAAACGCACCAGAAAAAAGCAUGGCAGACAAUAAAAACCAUUGUCAAUCUGCCAGUCAUCAGUCCCUUCAAGAAACGGUACUCCUGGGUGCAGCUGGCUGGUCACACAGGGAGUUUCAAGGCAGCUGAUGCUGGGACGAUUCUGAAGCGCUACUCUGAGAAUGAGGAGAAGUGCUUUGAGCUGCUGAUGAAAGAUCCGCUGCACUCCUGUGUCCCCGUCUUCCAUGGGGUGGUGGAGAGAGAUGGCGAGUCUUAUAUGCAACUGGACGACCUUCUAGCUAACUUUGAAGGGCCUUGUGUGAUGGACUGUAAGAUGGGAAUCAGGACGUACCUGGAGGAGGAAUUGACUAAGGCUCGGGAGAAGCCAAAAUUGCGCAAGGACAUGUAUAAGAAAAUGAUUGACGUGGACCCUUUGGCACCCACUGCUGAGGAGAACUCUCAUCACGCAGUAACCAAGCCUCGGUACAUGCAAUGGAGGGAGACCAUCAGCUCCAGUGCUAAUUUGGGUUUCAGGAUCGAGGGGAUUAAGAAGGCUGAUGGGACUUGUAACACCAACUUCAAGACAACCAAGACAUGGGACCAAGUUUUCCAGGUUUUUGUGGAAUUCAUUAAGGGAGAUACAUAUAUAUUGAAAAAAUAUUUGAGGCGACUGUAUGAAAUUCGUAGUAUCCUCGAGUCUUCUGACUUUUUUAAACGGCAUGAGGUAAUUGGAAGUUCACUGCUGUUUGUGCAUGAUGACAGUGGGCAUGCCAAUGUGUGGCUCAUUGAUUUUGGAAAGACUACCCUUCUCCCAGAUGGGCAGACCCUGGAUCAUAGGAUCCCUUGGCAGGAGGGCAACCGGGAAGAUGGCUACUUGCUGGGACUGGACAACUUGAUUGAUAUCUUAGGAAGUAUCUUGGAAAGAUGAGAACAGACUAGCCCAUGUCCUCUAUGGGAUUGCUCCAUAGUUUUUAACUUUUGCAGAAUAAAUCUCUCAGUCAGAAGGAAGCCUUUUAAAACUCUUGCCAGACUCCAAAGAAUCAGGAAAUAGCAGGCUGCUGCAGAAACAGAUGGAAGUGCACAGCUAGCCUGUGGUGAUCUUCUGGGAACCUGAGCAAUCUCGGGUUAGCCAUCAGAUUUAUGGAACAAACAGCAAGAAUCCUGAAGAUUUGGACAUUGGAUCAAGCCAACUGCUUACUGGUGAACCAAGUAAUUCUCUAUGGCCCUUUAGUGAACCACAGUAAAAUCUUGAUUGCCUGGAGCAUGUGGGAAGGAAAAGAUCACAAAUCUUUUGUAAAAGAGCUACCUUCAAAAACAACAAGCAGGCUUCCUUUCUAAGCCUCAUGCUCUCGCUAUAGACAGGGCUGUUCACAUUCCAUGCAUUCACUUGUGUGCCAUGCAGCUUCAGACAUGUUUAUAGAAUUUAUAGAUUCUUUCUUUCUUAUAAAAAAAAUCUUGUAAUUCUCAUGGCAGUGCAGAAAAAAAUGUGCACAGAUUGCUGCUGAAGCUUCAGAACUGGAAGGGCAACUUAGACUUUGGUGCUCUGUGCAACACCUUACCCCUCUGCCUCUUUGUGUCGCUUUCUCUGCCAAUCCAUUUCUGUCCUUUUGGGGGCGGGUAUUACUACCCUAGUCCUUGCCAGUAUUGUGGAACCUACCAGCAGAACUCAAAAAUAUUACAAGCAAAUUGAGGCUGUAGUUUUGUCCACCAUUAUGUAUGAAUAAGUUGGUGAUGCUGUGUGCAUAUUAAUUUCCAAAUAGUUCUUCUACCAAGACCUCUUUAUUUUCGCAAAAAAUAAAAUGUCAUUCACUGAAGAUGGUGUACUUUACACCGAAACUGUUUUGCUUUUAACCCGUAACAACUGAUGAAUGACAUCUUAAUUUUUUUGCACAAAUAAAGAGGUCUUGUGGAAGAACUAUGUAUGAAUAAGUCUUACUGGUUUUUAAUCUGACACAUAACUAUGGGCAGGAUUGCAGUCCGAAGGGUAUACAAAAGGCAUGAAUUUGCAUAGUUUUAUUCCAGUUCCAGAGUCUAGAUAUAAUGUGUGCAUGUGUCUGGCCCCACUGUUAUAGAUCAGUCUGGGUCAAUUCUACCUUCUAAAGGAGACGCCAUACCUUAGAGAAAGAAAAGGUUACAAACGGGAGGGUCGGAUUCACAUCAGGUUUGAUAUUAGUGCCUCCUUAUGAUAUGCUAGUCUUCAUCUGAGAAUGUUCUUAAAGCUCUUCAGGUGUUUAAGUUUGUUAUUCUAAAGACUCUACACAUUCCAGGUAGAAAGCAGUAAUGUUUUGAUGGUGAUUUCAUCCAACUUUAGUUAAGUUGGUGAUGAUCCAGAAGUGGGCUCUUGCCAGCUGGCAUGCAUAUCUGAAUGCCAGUGUGAUUAUGUUUCAGCAACUCAGUUUAGUAAGUGAAACUACUACCAACUUACACAGUUAGUCAAAAUAUUUUACAUCCUGGGAUCAGAUCCUGAUCUUGUUGUUUGGGGGUAUAUAUAUUUUGUCCUUUGAUUGUUUCCAGACAAACCACUUCUACUUGAGUGUACCAGCAGAUGCUACAAGGAUUAAAAGAGAAUAGUUCUCCCCAUACAAAGAGAUGUACUAGGGAUUCGAAACAUUAGGUGCUAGGCACUUGCUAUGGGCAGAGAGGAGAGCUUGUCUGGUGGUAUCAAGCAUGACUUCUCCCCCUAGCUAAACAGGGUCCACCCUGGUUGCAUUUGAAUUGGAGACCACAUGUGAGCAUUGUAAGAUAUUCCCCUCAGGGGAUGGAGUCACUCUGGGAAUAGCAGAAGGUUUCAGGUUCCCUCUCUGGCUUCUCCAAGAUAAGGCUGAGAGAGACUCCUGCCUCCAACCUUGGAGAAGCUGCUGCUAGUCUGUGUAGACAAUACUGAGCUAGAUAGACCAGUGGUCUGACUCAGCAUACAGCAGCUUCCUAUGUUCCUAAAUUAUUAACACUUCAGUGGAAUGUAAAUGAAUGUAGCAGUCAGUCUGAGUUCAGCUGUGAAGAUGAUGCUUGAUGUAACAGGAAAACACUGUAAACAAUUCUCCUUUCUUCUGUGAAAUGAAAAUGGCUUGACCAAAAGCUACUAUAUGCUGAUCUUGCAGAAUAUGCUUUUCUGCUAUGUUCAACUGACUAGUCAUGCAGUUCCAGUAUGCAUGAUGUUUCCAGUGUGGUGCUUAACCAUAUAUUUGUACAACUAUUGGUUGUGAUCAGACUUUUGUACAUGCUCAUAUUGAGUUCUUAUGGGCUAUAUAACAAAGCUGCACAGAUUCAAUAAAAAGCAAGGGGAAAGCUAUGGCCAUUGUUUAAUGUUUGGGCAACCAUGGCUCCAUAGCCGCAUCUCAUGCAGUCCUUUGCCCUAUUCAGACAUUAUGUUCAACACUUGUAAAAUCUGUAUACAGUGCUUGCUCUGCAAAAGUUUAUUUUAAAACUUGCCAAAUUCUUGACCAGUAAGUUCAGAAUUCACUAAAAUGCACACUUGUUGUGGAAUCCUAAGCAACGUUUGUGCCAGUGCACAAAUGUUUUCAAAUUUUUAGUGUCUGUUGGUAUCCCUUGAGUACAAUGGCCAACAUGAUGCAUAGCCUAAUGCCGGCAUUUCCCUUGCACCGGAGCUGCUGUGCAUGUAAGAUCUAGCCCUGAUUGAGUUGUACAAGAACACAGUUGUGCAGUGACUCAGAAAUGUGCACCUGCACUUGAGCAAUUGAGUUUCUGCUACUACUAUGACUAUUUAUAUACUGCUUUUCAACAAAAGUUCUCAAAAAUGCUUACACAAAAAAUUAAAAAGUUGGUUUGCUUCUCUCACAAACUAAAAAAAAAUCAUAAUUUUAAGCGUUCACUGAAAACAGUGGAAACUCCAUUGCAAAAGUGAAAGGGCGCAUUUCUGAGUUGUUGCACAAUUGUACUUUUAUACAAUUUUGCCAGGGCUAGAUUUUACAUGCAGAGCAUGCUGGUGGUAGACUGUGAGGCUGUUCCCAUGAUCCCUGGAAAGCAAGCUAAGGGAGCUUAGCCCACUUUCCAGUGAUCCACACUUUCCAGGGCUUGCGGGCGAGCCUGGUGCUCCCAAGGUGGCUAGCCCGCCUAAAACACCUUCCCCUUAAACCUGCUCAUGCGCUACUGCAGCGUGCAGUGACACAUGAAUAGACCCCUGACUGGGAGGCUAUAAUCCCUGCCACCCCCACCCUGAUCCCCGCCACCCCCACUGGCUCCGUGAUGGAGCUGGUAGUCUUGUGGGUGGCUGAUUUGGCCACCCAGGCCUGAACGACUGCUUGUGUGCGGGGAGAGCGGGCUAAGUGUAGUGUAGAGCCUCUCUGCAUCAUGCUGGCCACUAUGAUUAUGCUCUAAAACAACCUGCUUAGGAUGAAGUUUGUGAUUGAUCAUCCAUGGGACAGAAUGUGUACUAUAGAGUUAGGUAGAAGAAUCCACCUAGAAGGACUGAGAUAAUAUUUAUUUGGAUGUAGCUUUGAGUGAUAAUGAGAAGCAAAAUUGAAAACAGCAGUUGGGGUGGAGGGCAGUUCUAUUUGGAAUUGUUUCACUUUUAAAGCCUUCCUGCAUUUUUAAUGGCAAAUGACUCAUUUGUAGAUUGUUGCUUCUUGUGGGUGCAAGGAGGGAGGCUGAGCAACUGGUCAAUUUCAUACUGGCCUGUGUAGCAAACCCGUUUUUUUGUUUUUUGUUUUAAAGGCUGUUUUGAUCUACUAGAGGCUUGCUUGAGGUUUCUAAAUGGAAAGUUGGUGGGGAUUUGCUUGUAGCACAAGAGGUUUGUAGGAAGUGGUUGGGUAAGCAGGAGUGUUCACUGGAUGUUAUAUAGCCCUAUAUCUCAAAGAUUUGGGGUCGGUUACACUAUAAAAACAGAAUUAAGAAAUGCAGCAAUACAGCAGCACUGUAAGCAGUGUUUAAAAUAUUGAAACUACAACAAAAUAAAAUUAAGGGACCUCCACUAAACCCAAGACCACCCACUGAAAUGCUUUCACUGGCCCACUCAACAUAUGGAACCAUCAUAUAGCUUUUGAGCUCUCCCCCCCCACCCCCCGCAUAUAGGAUUCCUGGGCCUAACAGCCUCUCUCCAUCCACCUUUGCCAGUUCUGUGGUGCCCAUGAGCCCCAAGAAGCUCUUAUGGCUUAAGCACUUCCCCACACCUCUUCCCAGGGCUCAUUGGUUGUGCUGCCUAGCUUUUCCCCAGACAUUUCCCGGCCUUACCCUAGUACUCUAUGGCAUCAUAGAGUACUAGGGUAAGGCCCUGGUGAGAGCCCCUGGUCGUGCAGUGGUAAAAACUGCUGCCCUGUAACCAGAAGGUUGCAAGUUCGAUCCUGACCAAGGGGCUCAAGGUAGACUCAGCCUUCCAUCCUUCCGAGGUUGGUAAAAUGAGUACCCAGAAUGUUGGGGGGCAAUAUGCUAAAUCAUUGUAAACCGCUUAGAGAGCUUCCAGCUAUAGAGCGGUAUAUAAAUGUUAUUGCUAUUGCUAUUGCUAUCAGGUUCUCCAGCCUUCACCCCCAGCUGGUUUUGCAGGAGCACCCACUCAACAGGGUUUCUCACUCAACUGAAAAAUUCUUUUCCAUUUGUUUCUGCAGCAGAUGCAGGGCAUGUUUCAUGCAAACUGCUGCUGCUGUGGGGAGCCACCAGUGGGAUAAAGGUGACUCUUGAGGGGGGAAACUCAAAUAAGAGAUUGUGAACCACUGUUCUUUAAAAACGUGUUUUGGUUUUUUAAAUUAAUAAGAUGUCAGUUCUAGUAAGGGGAAAUAUAAUAGGGCUACAGGACAGCACUUUGAUCUGGAUGAUAAGAAAUCCACCAGGUCUGCUGAUCUUGCUUUUCUCACGUCUUUUAAAAUGCAUACUUGGACCUGCCUACCUCACAGGGUUGUUGUGAGGAUCCUAAGUUGUUUUAAUGCAUUUACUUAAAUUCAUGGAAGAAGAGUGCAAUAUAGAGAACUGCAAAACAUUUGUGUUUCCUGUUGCAUAGACAUUUGUGGAAAUUUCAGUCAAGGACAAUAUGUACUUUAAUAUGACAUAAGAAAAAAAUCACUAAAGGUCUGUUGAAUUCACCUUCAUCUGUUGAGUUCCAUGAAUAGGCAACAUUGAUGGGGAGUCAUGUUUUCAAAGGGUUGAGUCGACUUUGGCUACAAUUCUGCUCUCUUACUAAGAAUCGGACAAAAAAGUUUGUCUUUUAAGCAGAAGCUGUUGCUCUGAACACUACAGUGCAAACAUUAUGCUGAUUCUGAUAUCCUAACUGUAUAGAUUGAAAACUUUAGUAUUUCCAGAUGCCUGAUAACUAAUAAAUUUUAACUGAAAACAUC